AAGUUCAGUUUAGUUAGGUUUCCAAAAUGGCAGACGUAGUGAAUACUGUUAUUACUCAAACUGCCGAAAAUUUAACAAAAAAUGCAAAUGUUACUGGUAAAAUUCCUGCAACUCCUGAAGGAAUGGCCAUUGCCUAUGGAAGCCUUAUUAUCAUGGCGGUUUUACCAAUAUUUUUUGGUAGUUACCGGUCUGUUAGACACCAUAAGGAACAGCGGGAACACUUUGAAACAAGUGGAGAAAAACCUGAAACAAUGUCACAUAAAGAAGCAGCUAUGUUUCCUUUUGUAUCAAGUGUAGCAUUAUUUGGAUUGUACAUAUUUUUUCAGAUGUUUUCUAAAGAAUAUAUCAAUUUGUUACUAACUGGUUACUUCUUUUUUAUUGGUAUUUUGGCGCUUAGUCAUCUUGCAAGUCCAGUUAUAUCAUCGUUAGUACCUGCUGCGAUACCAAAAACAAGAUAUCAAAUACAUUUUACUGGAGACAAUGAUGAUAUUAUAAAUUACAAAUUCACACUUCACGACAUUGUCUGUCUCUUUUGUUGUUCUCUCGUUGGUGUUUGGUAUAUUUUAAAGAAGCACUGGGUGGCAAAUAAUCUUUUUGGAAUUGCAUUUGCAAUUAAUGGAGUUGAAUUAUUGCAUUUAAAUAAUAUCGUCACGGGAUGUAUUUUACUAUGUGGACUUUUUAUUUAUGAUAUUUUCUGGGUUUUCGGUACGAAUGUAAUGGUAACGGUUGCCAAAUCUUUCGAGGCACCAAUUAAACUUGUUUUUCCACAAGAUUUAAUUGAAAAAGGUCUUGGUGGUAGUAAUUUUGCAAUGUUAGGCUUAGGAGAUAUUGUCGUACCUGGAAUUUUCAUAGCAUUAUUGCUUAGGUUCGAUCAUAGUUUAAGUAGAAAAUCGAAUACUUACUUUUAUACCACCUUUUUUGCAUAUUUCAUGGGACUGCUUAUAACAAUGUUGAUUAUGCAUUUAUUUAAUCACGCACAACCAGCACUUCUUUACUUGGUUCCCAUGUGCUUAGGAACUCCACUUUUACUUGCUCUUAUCAAGGGAGACAUCAAAGCACUCUUUUCAUAUGAGGAUCAUCCUAACAAACCAGAAGAAACAGCAGCAGUAACGGCAACACAGACGCAAACGCAAGUUGAAGCGAAAAAAGUGAAGUAAUUUUUCAUACUUAAUUUAUUUGUAAAGCCGUGUGAAACAUAGGUAGCAUAUUUUGUGAUUCAUUCAUCUCUCAACAAAAAAAUAA